GUGCACUGGAAGCCCCGCCCGCCUCGGAUGUGACCCGAGCCAAUGGCAACGCACCGUGCGCCGUGGAAGAACGUCACAUCAUCAUCAGCAGUCGUUCUGGUGGGACUGCCGUCCUGCUCUGCUUGGUUUGCAGUCUCAGCACCUCUUGUUUUUGUGUGUGUGAGCCACCACUUGGACACUUUACACGACUGGAGAAAUUAACGGGUAAAUUAGCCUGUCGGCUUUGUGGGAAGAGCGAAGGACAAAUUGUGGACGAAUGAAGAGCCAUUGUUUUUAAAGGAAGAAGACAGACUGCCUGGCUGCCUGUACUUCCAACCAACCUUACAGCUACUUUGAUGCAGCCGCUUAGCUAACAAGCUAACUGGGAAUGUUUUCAGAAACUAGCCAGUCGGCUAGCUUGCUAGCUAGCUAAGUCGGAUGGAGAAAGUCGCUGUAUACAUUUAGAAAACAGUUAUAAUGGUACUUUUAUAUUUCGGUUCAUUAAGUGAAAGCACUGUGGCAACGUCUCAAACUAGGUAUGCUGAAUGUUUAGGGCUCCAGUGUCCGCUUUGUUGCUAAUUUCCAGUAGGGACAAUAGUUAACUGCAACAAGUCUGGCUCACACUGCUGCUUUAACGUCUCUCAACUUUGUACACAUUUUGUGCAAUGUUUUUAUUAGUUACCGUUUUGGUUGUAGUGAGCUAAGAGUGAACAUUGUGGUUAAAAAAUGCGUUUUUAGCUAAGUAUAGGUAUGUUAUACAAAGGAGAUUGGGAUGCUACUUUAACGUUAAAUCUCCAUUGUUAAGUGGAUCUGUUCACUCUGUUGUAUAGGAGAAGCCGAUGUCAGUUAGUCGAUACAACUAUUGGCGAGGAGGCGAGUUGGAUGAACAUUAUACAUCGCCCACAUGCUUUGGAUCAGUUCCUGGACUUAUGAAAGGCAUCUGAAGCAGAAGGUGGGAGACGUGAGCGCACAGCCCUUGCAGCCCGUGGGAAGAUGGCGGAGCGUUCCCGCAGGAGGUGGUGAAACCAAAACUUGGGGACUUCUUGGAUUUAUCGCCAGACAUCUUAUCCCAGAUCAUAGGACACAUGCAGGCCAAAAAACGGUACUUAACUCUGUUCUCCGCCGGUGCGUGUGUCAUCCUGUUGUUUUGUUUUGGGGGGAUACAAGUCCCGCUGUCCAGACGGGGUCCCAGCCGGCGUGAUGACCGCGGCCUCACCGGAUAUCAUCCCGGGGAGCGGUGGCGUUGCUUCCCGGGGUCCCUGCAGCCUUUUAGCCCCUGGGAGCAAGACCGGAGCGAUAAUCACAAUGAACACAUAUCUCCUAGACAGAAGAGGGAAGCUAACUCGGGCGUUUACGAUGGAAAACGCUGCAGAAUGGAGUCUUGCUUUGAUUUCUCCCUGUGUGAGAGAAAUGGCUUUAAAGUAUACGUCUACCCCCAGCAGAAAGGGGAGAAGAUGUCAGAGAGUUAUCAGAACAUUUUAUCCUCUAUUGAAGAAUCCAUGUACUAUACACCUGACCCAGGACAGGCAUGCCUGUUUGUCCUGAGUUUGGACACUCUGGACCGGGACCAGCUUUCACCCCAGUAUGUGCACAACUUGAAAGCAAAGGUCCAGAGCCUUCAUCUGUGGAAUGGGGGCAGAAACCACAUCAUCUUCAAUUUAUAUUCUGGCACCUGGCCAGACUACACAGAAGACCUUGGCAUUGACAUCGGCCUCGCCAUGUUGGCUAAGGCCAGCAUCAGCACCGAGAACUUUCGACCCAACUUUGACGUUUCUAUCCCUCUUUUCUCUAAAGACCACCCUAGGACAGGAGGGGAAAGGGGCUACCUGAAACAUAACACCAUUCCCCCUUAUAGGAAGUACAUGCUUGUUUUUAAGGGGAAGAGGUACUUAACGGGAAUAGGUUCAGACACUAGGAACGCUUUAUAUCAUGUUCAUAACUCGGAGGAUGUGGUCCUUCUCACCACCUGUAAGCAUGGGAAGGACUGGCAGAAGCACAAAGAUGCACGCUGUGAUAAAGACAAUGCAGAGUAUGACAAGUAUGACUACAGAGAGAUGCUGUACAACUCCACAUUCUGUCUGGUACCUCGAGGACGACGGCUGGGUUCUUUUCGCUUCUUAGAGGCUUUACAGGCAGCUUGUGUGCCAGUGAUGUUAAGUAAUGGCUGGGAGCUGCCCUUCUCAGAAAUCAUUGACUGGAAUACGGCAGCUGUGAUUGGGGAUGAAAGGCUGCUAUUACAGAUCCCCUCAACAGUGCGCUCCAUCCACCAGGAUAAGAUCCUGUCGCUUAGACACCAGACCCAGUUCUUAUGGGAGGCCUAUUUCAACUCUGUGGAGAAGAUAGUACUGACAACACUGGAGAUCAUCCAGGACCGGGUACUGCAGCACACCUCAAGGAGUAACCUCAUGUGGAACAGUCUGCCUGGAGGCCUUUUCACCCUGCCUCAGUACUCUACGUACCUGGGAGACUUCCCCUUCUACUACGCCAAGCUGGGUGUUAAGCCGUACACCAAGUUUACAGCGAUCGUUCAUGUGGUGAGCCCGCUGGUCUCCCAGUCCCAGCCAGUCAUGAAGCUGCUCCUGGCUGUGGCCAAAUCUCAGUACUGUGCUCAGGUGAUCGUUCUGUGGAACUGUGACAAGCCUCUUCCUGCCAAGCACCGCUGGCCUGUCACCUCAGUCCCUGUCAUCGUAAUUGAAGGCGAAAGCAAGGUGAUCAGCAGUCGUUUUCUGCCCUACGACACCAUCCCCACUGAUGCUGUACUCAGUCUGGAUGAAGACACUGUGCUCUCCACCACAGAGGUGGACUUUGCCUUCACAGUUUGGCAGAGUUUCCCAGACCGCAUCGUUGGCUACCCAGCCCGCAGCCACUUCUGGGACAGCAACAAGGAGCGUUGGGGCUACACUUCCAAAUGGACCAACGACUACUCCAUGGUGCUGACUGGGGCUGCCAUCUAUCACAAAUACUACCACUAUCUGUAUACCACCUACCUUCCAGCCAGUCUGAAGAACAUGGUUGAUCAGAUGUCAAACUGCGAAGACAUUCUCAUGAAUUUUCUGGUGUCAUCUGUGUCUAAACUACCACCGAUCAAAGUCACCCAGAAGAAACAGUACAAGGAGACCAUGAUGGGACAGAGCUCCCGGGCGUCUCGCUGGGCUGACCCGGACCAUUUUGCCCAGCGUCAGACCUGCAUGAACAAGUUUGCCAGCUGGUUUGGCACCAUGCCCCUGGUCCAUUCUCAGAUGAGGCUGGACCCAGUCCUGUUCAAAGACCAGGUGUCCAUACUGCGGAAGAAGUACAGGGACAUUGAGAGGCUAUAACCCUCCAGAGCCCCCCCGCUCUCUGGACACCACAAAGACAGAGCGAGGGGGUCGAGAAACGCAGAGCCUUUCCAUGAUCUCAUGGCUGGAUCAAUGGAAAAGGAUAAUGGGAUUGGGUACAACGGGAGAGGAGGAAAAUAAACUGGAACAGAUGUGGAGGACCGCAUGUUCAUUGAUCUCCUCUGUUGUGUCCAUUUCACCUUUUUCUACCCUCUCUCUUGUGUGUGUUGGGGGACAGCUGAGCACACAUGCCCAACUAUACGGUCCCAUCAACUGAAGGACACCUGAGGACUUUAAAUCUGAAGUGGUCAAAGUCAUGGAGCUGGAAAUCAUAGCUUGCUGCUCCCUUGUCCCAACAGUGGGGAAACCACUCCCAACUCCAACCUGUCUGUCCUGCUCUGUACACUCUGCACAGGUUCCUGAACGUUUUUUGAUGACAGAAUAUGAUUGAUAAUUAUGACUAUAAAGAGGAUAACUCUAUUUUGGAUUGUGUUUAGAUAUUUUUUUUAAUACAGUGAAUGAAUGGCCAGCACUACUCUCUCUCUGUAUUGUCUUAAUUGAAACCGAUAGCAGGGCGGGUGAAGUGAGGAAUGACAGCUCCUCACACUCAGAACUGAGUUAUGUUUGUUGAUAUGAUAUUCACAGUGCCUCAAGUGUAUCUACUGGCUUUGGGAUCUGGGAGUCUGAGAAAAAGACACGCUGCAGAAAGAGCACCGUGAUCUUGCUGCUUUCUGUUUAGUUUUUUUGUGAUUUGCUUUAUAAUUGAUGGAAUAAUGGAUCUUGUAGUAAAUUCUUCAGGUCAGCAUUCACGUUUCUUCCUUGUACAAUUUUUUUUGAACUGACAAAACGAUGUGCCAUUCUGAACAUUACUUCCUGGUAGAACUACAACAGUGUCGCACAACUAGCUAGAUUUCACUAAGUUUGCUGUGCAGGAAUUGAUAUCCACAGGAACUGAAUAGAAAAGACAAAAUUCAGUUGAAUCCUCUCUUUUCAUUUUAGCAAGAAGUCUUCUUCGUGUCUCUUCUUCCAUUAGUAAAGGCUUAUAUGACGAGCUAGAGUUGGUAAUUGAAUACAUGCUGGCCUGAAGAACAAUCGAAGAUCACAAGAGCUGCCUUGGUUAAGGGAGGCUGAGCUUGCCAAUUGAGCCAACCAAUGGUCUGUGUGAAACACAAGCCACUGUUAAAACGAGGCAAUGGCUCUUUUUGAGCUUGAUUAGCGAGGGAUAUUUAUACACAGUUAUUGUCUUUAUGCCACAGACCCAAUUUUAUUUUGUCCGAUGACAAGUUUGGCAGUAGACUAACUGGGCUUUCAUCUAGGAGCAUCAAACAUUGCUCCAUGCUUUCAGAGUCACAGUUGGCAUCCCACUAAAUAGACCACUGUAUUUUCCCCACUUGUUAUGAACAAAUAUGACCGGAUUGACAAGAAUUCUCACCAAGCAUUUGUGAUACUGUUAAAAAGAUAUGCAAGUUAUUAUUCUAAUUUGUGCUAUUUCUUCAACGUGUAUACAUGUAAUUUAAAAAAUGUCCAGUAUAUUUGCUGAAUUCCAAUUUGUAUCUCUGAUAAUCACACAUUUUGUUGCCGUUCAUCUCAGAGGGAUUCAGAUCGGAAUUGUGCUUUUGCCACAUUCAAGAGUGUGUUUUUAAAUCACCGUUCAUCAGUUUGAAGUUGAGCUGUCCAUGAAGGAUCCCUGUAAAACCAGCAACAUUUCUAUAGAAAUCUGACACCUCCUUUAGUAGCUUCAGCUUCAUUUUUGAGGAAGAUAAAUGAUCAUUUUGGUAAGCGUCACCGUUCUGUACCCUUCACCACAUUAUGUGCCAACAGAUCAUAUAUGAGUUCUUAUAUUUUUUCAUCUGAUACAAGGAAUGCCAUGCAUUCCCAUUUGUCUGUGGUUAAUUUAAAGUAUUUCCUGUCCAUAUGAAAAAGUCAAAUGUGUGAGAAAGAGGGGAAAGGGAAGGAAACCGUGUGAGAGAAGGGUGCUGCAUGGUAUUGUUCAUGUCUGAGAAUGUGCUAUCAGCUUCAUGGCAAAUAAACAAUCCUGAUAUUACUAAA